AUGGUAUACUAUAAAAUUACAUUAGUUAGAUCUUUGAUAGGGACACCCAAGACAACUAGAGCUAUUGUAAAAACUUUAGGAUUAGGCAAAAGGGGGUCUACAGUGUACAGAAAGGUGACGCCAGCUAUUGCAGGUUCAAUUUUGAAAGUUAAAGAGUUAGUCAAUGUAGAAUUGAGUGAAACAAUGUUGACAAAGGAAGAACAAAGGAAUUUACGUAAAUCUAAGCCAGGCUUUGAAGUAGAAAGAAGAUUUUAUAAUGUGUGA